UAACAUAUCGGUUUAUAUAUUUACUGGUUCUUGUAUACAUAUACGAAAUCGACUGCACCAGGGUUCCAGUUACUCGGUUUCAAUUUACUUGCGUCACUUAUCUUAACGGCUUGUAUCCACUUAGCUCUUAGCUAUGCUACUCUCCCGGGAUGGUUACCGUCUCCAUUUUUCCCUAUAUAUAUGCACAACAUUCACAAGGCAAAGCACGGAAGCGACUCUAAAACAUAUGACAAUGAAGGAAGGUAUACACCAGCAAAUCUUGAGUUGAUGUUUAGCAAAUACGCAAGGACAGUACCAGAUAAGUUGAGUCUUGGAGAACUAUGGGACAUGACGGAAGGAAACCGCGAUGCCUUUGACUUUUUUGGAUGGCUAGCGAGCAAGGUGGAAUGGGGAGUAUUGUAUGUGUUAGCGAGUCAGGGCCGUCUCUGCCCCAUAGUAGAAGGUUCCAUAUUUGUUUAAGACGGGGCUGUAGCGAGUGAUGAAGAAGGAUUCUUGUCUAAAGAAGCCAUAAGGCGGUGCUUUGAUGGAAGCUUGUUUGAGUAUUGUGCCAAGAACUACGCUGAGAUCAAGGAGUACAAGACGUACUACUGAUCAUCAUCACUUGGAACUAGUGUGGAAAGCACUUGAAUUAAUUCAAUAGUGGUGAUGUAAUGAAGCAGUAAUUUGUAUAUGGUGCGUUUGUUUAGUAUGCAUGCAUGUAAAAAUAUAUUCAAUAGUGGUUUAUUAUUCACCUGCCUUUCUUUCUUU